CUUAUGUCUAUGCGCUUGCAGUGCGAUGACUAUCAUCAUCUGCCACUACUUCUACUUGAACUUGUCCUACAGUCGGUUGAUCAAUAUCGGUCAUCUCCAUCAAAAAUGUGCCUCUGGAUGGUACGAGUCUCAAUCUGUUUUUUUUCCCAAAUUUGUCGUGAGUAGAAGGAUCUAUUAAGCUUUAGCUUAACUAUUGCAAACAUCGGUACUACUAGGCACUCCGCGGCCUGCUCUGUAGCAGGAGAGCUGAAGUCUAUGUUAAGUCAGUCCAGUAAAAGAGUAGAAGCUUCGCCCCGAAACAUACAAGGCGAAGCAAGGCGUCAACUUGUUUCCCGGCACACUCGUAUCGGAACGGAAAAGUAAGAGCACUCGCCAGAAAAACGCAUUCUAGACCAGGGGGACACGCAGACCUCGUCAAGAACUAGAAACUCGUUUGGUAGGUAGCUAGUACAACUUAAGAUCACUACAAAUUCGUUGCACACGACCAUAGAGUAGAACACAUGUCUUCUGCCUCCUCCACAGCCCCCAUGGUGCUUUCGUGGGACGGCCUCGCGAAGGAGGACGGAUUUUCCCGGGUAAUCAAGGCCUACUACACCGGAAAGGAGGGAAAGGAAGUACCAGAGGGUCUCGACUACGCGAUGACAAUUUUCAAGUACAAGGUCACCCCGGAGAAGGUCGCCGUUAUCGUGUGGGACAACCCGACAAAGUUCAACGCCCUGGAUUGGACGACAAAUUGGGAAAUGCUGCUGAUGCUGGAGUUCUUCGAAAGGAGCGACAAUGUCCAUGUUCUACUCUGGGUCUCCUCCACCAACAAGGCCUUCUGCGCCGGGGCGGACGCGACGGGGCCGAAAAGCAAGGUCCCGAAAGACAUCAUGGCGGGGUACAAGAAAGUCAGGAAAGGUAUCUAUGUAUAAGAUAUAGAGCGGGGUAACAAAUUCUGGCGAUUUGUGGUCAUCCCACUUUUCACCCGCUCGGCCGGGUGGGUGAAAAGUGGGACGGAAUCGGAUCCACGCGCACGCGAACGGAGAAAAGCAAGAUCCGGCCAGUCGGUCAGGAUCCUGAUUCUGUCCCACUUUUCACCCACCCGGCCGGGCGGGUGAAAAGUGGGAUGACCACAAAUCAUCAUAAUUUGUUACCCCGCUCUAAGCGAGUUGAUGUUUUAGUUUUUCGCUCGGCAAAGUAGUGUGUACAGAGGUGUUUCAAGCCGUGGGCAUUCAUGCGCGAACAACAUUAUAUCGACCGCAUGUUGAUGUUCCGAUCCAUCUAUGUAGGUCUGUGCGAAGAUUUUCCUGACGGGGAGGACCAGGCGCAGAUUGAUUUCGCGCUGAAGGGGCUGGUUCUCCGGUUUCACACUUUUCCGAAAAUUUCCGUCGUCGCUAGCACCGGCGUGGCGGUCGGCGGUGGUGCCAACAUUGUCCUGAUGCUGCACGACUUCGUUUUUGUGGACGGAAAAAGCACGUUCCGGUACCCUUUUACGGAACUCGGAGUCACCGGAGAAGUGUCCAGUACCUUCGUCUUGCCAAGGGUGCUCGGCAACAUUCGCGCAAAGGACUUGCUGAUGUCGGGCAGGUAGAGAUUGAUUGCCGUCUGUUUUGUACGCUAGUACUUGUUCAACAUGGGAGAAUGGAAAAUUUUCACGACCGAAAGAAGCAAAGCCAAACGCAAACUCAGCUCUGAAAGUUGCAUUUAGCACAUGUUAUUCGAUGUCAGGUGGUUUUCCGGCGAGGAGUGCGUGAAGCAGAAUCUCGCGACCCAGCUCUGUACAGACCAAAAACCUCUGCUCUCUACCGCCUGCGAGUUCGCGACCAAACUCGCGAAGAGUAGUCAGGUGUCGCUGCGAACCAACAAGCAGCUGAUAAACCGGCAGACCGACGAACUGCUCACGGCACAGAUGAACAGUGAGCAGCGCGACUUUAUCGCGUGUAUGAUGGACCCGGAAACGCAGAAACUCUGGAUGGCAUUAAGGGAGAAAGUAAACAAGAACAAAAAAUUAGAUUCGAAAUUGUAGAAAGCAAAGCAACAGGAACAGAAACAAGGCAGCAGACCCUAGCGGGCGUGUUGAUGAAAGAACAAUGGCGCGACUCGCAGUAGAUUUUGCCGCUCCCCUGUACUAGCAAGGUAUAUUCGCUAGUACUGCGGGUCCGGGUAUCACCUCUGUCGUGCUUCGGUCAACCGUUGUGCUCGUCUCAUGACACUAUGAUCAUGUUCUCAUCCUCAGUCUGUGUGCAAGUGCAUCGCCUUUCGGUUUAAGUAGUAUAGAACAGCACUAUAGCAGCUACAGUUGCAGCAAUGAACGUUUUGUUAUUGCGCCAUUUGCUUCGAAGGGUUAUGAUCAUUAUCUGGCGAUGUGGAUUCUGCUAAUAUGAACAUCAUCGUUGAGCGGGCAGUGUGACGAGAGAAUAUUAAUAUGGGCAUGGGGAGUGCUUAAACUGAGAAUAAAAAUGGCUUUCGUACUAGUAGGUAGCGCGAUACAAAGUGCUGGUGCUGGUGCGUACCGCAUAUUUAAAUGGCAGGUGAAACAUCAAUUAC